CUCGCUCUCCCUCUAUCGGUGCGUCUGUCUUCGCCGUCGUUGUAUCUGUCGCUCCCUCGCUCUGUUUUGAGUUCUGUUCUUCUCUUCUUUUGCGGUGUAAUUAUGGAGAAGGGUGAAGAAAGCGGCGCCGGAAACAAACCCGCCGCGGACGAAGGCAGCCCUCUCCCCAUCGCCACUCCGACCGCUCCGCCGCCUCCCGAGGAUGCUGCGCCCCCUGCCCGCGCGCCCUUCACCAGCCUCAGCCAGAUCGACGCUGACCUCGCCCUCGCCCGCAUCCUCCAAGAACAGGGGACGGCAUACGCGAUGCUAAUGAUGGACGGCGAUGACAACGAUUACUGGAGCUCCGACUAUGAUGAGGAAGGUGGGGGAGACGAGCUAGAUCACGUGGCCGAGGGCGGCGGGAGCAUCGAGGGAAGCGAUGACGAGGUGGACGCCGCCUAUUUUGAGAACGAUGAGGCAUACUCGAGGGCCCUGCAGGACGCGGAGGAGCGGGUACUGGCUGUUCGGUUGAUGGCCCUUGCAGGAUUGAAUGAAUAUGAUCAUGGGGACCAUGACAGUGGCUUUCAGGAUGCUUGGCAAGAUCCAGAUGAAUUCAUGUAUGAGGAGCUAGUUGCACUCGGUGAGCUAGUUGGAACCGAAAGCAGAGGCCUUUCUGCUGAUACCAUUUCUGCUUUGCCUUCAGUGAGUUACAAGGCAGAAAGUGUGCAAGAUGACAAUGCUGAACAAUGCAUUAUAUGCCGGCUGGAGUUUGAGGAUGGUGAUUCUCUGGUCUUGCUUUCUUGCAAGCAUAAGUACCACCCUGACUGCAUAAACAAGUGGCUCCAAAUAAAUAAGGCAUGUCCUAUGUGCAACACUGAGGUUUCUACUUCAGAGAACAAGCAAGACUGAUAUAAUCCGAUGAUACUACCAUCAUCUUCUUGGAUUCUUUUGAGGAGUUUCUUCUGUAGGAAAAUUCAGUAUAAAUGCAAUUGAUUGUAAUUCCGAGAAAUAGAAAUGUUGCAUUAUGUUGUUACCAUUAGUUGCUAUCCUCGUUGUACUAGACAUGUUCUUCUCCAAAGUAUGUGCUUAGAGUAUGCUUUUUGUCAAUUAUGAUGCUUAAUAAUUAUUGCUGCAU